GUAUUUUUGUAAGAACUAAGAAGAUACUAGAAGAAAAAAAAUAUUACAAAUAAAAAAAUAACAGAAAAACAAAGAGAGGGAAAGAAAGAAGAACCUGAAAGAACCUCAAAUCGCUAUCGAAUUCGCGCGAUGCGAUUGCGGUGGCGUUGGCGGCGUUCAGUAUUGUUGAGGUCCCAACCAUCAACGGCAACGCCGUCCAAUGCUUUGGUGGCUUCUCCUUGUUGUCGCCGUCGGCGUUGAUGGCUACUUUGCAGAUGACCUGGCAACCUAAUCUCCUCACUCCCAAACGCAAAACUUCUCCUCCUUUAGGUCUUCGCAAUCUCGGUAACUCUUGUUACCUCAAUAGCGUUCUUCAGUGCCUCACUUUCACUCCUCCUCUCGCCAAUUUCUGUCUCCGUUCUCAACAUUCAUCUCUCUGUGAUUCUUCUGGUUCAUCUUGUCCCUUUUGUAUACUCGAGAAACAAAUUUUUCGAUUACUCCGUUUAGAUCUCACUUCCGAAGCUCCUUCGAAAAUCCAAAGCUGUUUACGGAUCUUUGCUGAGCAUUUCCGAUGUGGUCGUCAAGAGGACGCACAUGAGUUUCUUAGAUACGUUAUUGAUGCUUGUCAUAAUUCGUGUCUUCGUUUGAAGAAGAUUAGAAAGAAAAGUGGUGGUGGUGGUGGUGGUGACGGUGGUGCUUCUAUUGUUAAGGAGAUUUUUGGUGGUGCUUUGCAGAGUCAGGUUAAGUGUCUUUGCUGCGGAUACGAAUCGAAUAAGGUUGAUGAGAUUAUGGAUAUUAGUCUCGAUGUUUUUCAUAGUAAUUCGCUUAAGGAUUCUAUGCAGAAGUUUUUCCAGCCUGAGGUUUUAGAUGGAAAUAAUAAGUAUAAAUGUGAUGGUUGUAAGAAGUUGGUGACGGCUAAGAAGCAGAUGUCUAUACUUCAAGCACCUAAUAUACUUGUGAUACAGCUUAAGAGAUUCGAGGGCAUAUUGGGUGGCAAGAUAGAUAAGACUGUUGGAUUUGAAGAGGUUAUGGUGCUUUCUAGCUUCAUGUGCAAAACAAGCCAGGAUCCACAACCAGAAUAUAAGCUCUUUGGAACUAUUGUGCAUUCAGGAUACUCCCCUGAAUCUGGUCACUAUUAUGCUUAUAUAAAGGAUGCAAUGGGUCGUUGGUAUUGCUGUGACGAUUCUUGUGUAACACUUGCAAGCCUGCAAGAAGUUUUGUCAGAAAAGGUUUAUAUUCUGUUUUUCUCUCGAACUAAUCAAAAGCCAGCGUCAGUCAAUGGUUCUCUUGCAUCUAAUGGUGUGAAGCCCCAUCAUUCUAAUGGGAGUCAGGCAUCUGAAUCCCCUAAGGUUGAUGUACAAUUCAAAGCCGUCCAUGCAAAAUCAAAUUCUGAGCAAUCUUCUCGUAAAGAUAUGCCAAGUGUAUCUAAAAUUGGUGAAGUUCCUCCCGGCUUGCGAGUAAAGUUUGACAUUAAUGGUAGUUCAAAUUCCAAAAGAAGUCCGGCUCCUGUAAAUGUCAAUGGGAAAGUUGACAUGUUCAGUAAUCAGCCCUUGCUAACAAAUGGGCAUGCAACAAAUUCAGUUUCUUUGGAAAAUGGAAAGAAAGAUCAUUCUUCAUCAUUACCCACCAGAAAUGGCUUUGACAAAAAUAAGAUUGGUGUUGCUAACAACACGAAAUGGAAUGAUUCGACAGUUACAAAUGGACACACUAAUAUUCAGACGGUUGAUACCCAUUCUGUAAAACUAGAUCCUCCGGAAGAUAUUGAUAGAAGCAAGAUAAUAACAGUUAGAGGGCCUGGCAACUUUAAGCAAGAAAGUAAUGGUGUCGUCAACAAAACUAAGAUACUGGGGAAUAAGAGAAAAGUACAGGAGGCUCCAUGCAUUUUGCUUGCAAAUGAUAGUCAGUCUCGUGCUAGAGUUGAAGAAAUGAGAGACAUUCUUGGGAAAGAAGUAAAGUCAGUUUUGAGCUCAUGUGGCUGGACGGAUAAGGUUGAUGAGUAUAUGCGUGUUAGAAAGAGGUUGCAUGAAAAAGAACCAGGGAAUUUAACAAGUGAUGUUAAAAGGAAGUUAAUAGCAGAUGCCCGGAAUGCUUUUAAAUCAAAGGUUCCCGAGUCAUUGAAAAAGGAUCUGAUUGAACGUCUCAAAUCAUUUAGCCAAGAAAAAGUACAAUUUGAUGGACCUUGAUCAAAACAUGCAUGUUGAUCUGUCUUGCUAGUGAGACCUGGUGUGUAUACUGUAUUACUAAUUAUCGUAGGAAUGGUGGUGCCUAUACUGGGUUGCUCAGUUUGGGUUUGUCACAUACUGACUCUUUGAGCUAGUGCUGGCGUUAGUCGCAGGAGAACGUGGAGACUGUAUCAUUCAAGUCUUCCACAAUGGCCAUGUAAUGAUUUCCUAGGUGUUCCGUUCCAUGCAUAUUCGAUAUAGAAGUUUAGGUUUCAUGUCUUGCUGCCAUAUGUUCUCUUUCUCCGCGGAGGCUACAAAGUUUUCAUUGAAUCUUUGAGGAGUAUACGGAAUUAUAUUCAUUUUGUACAAUCUGUUUUAGUCAUGUAUUGGAGCAAAAGCAUAUUUUUCUAUAAUGUUGCUCAACAAAUUUUGCAUCUAAGAUGAGGCUGUAUAUGGCUUGUUGAAUUUAUGUAUCUACUUUUUGGCAUAAACGGAAAGAAUCAUAAGCCAUUGAUGGUGGACGAUGUUAAAAUUUUGAAGGAUUUAUUGCUCAA